AUGUCUCUCACAGGGUUACUGGAUCUGGCAACCUCAUACUGUGAAAACAGGCUGAAGAAGUUGUGCCAGCAUAUCAUAAAGAGAGGAAUCACGGUGGAGAACGCUUUCUCUCUGCUGUCUGCUGCCAUCAGAUAUGAUGCCGAGGAUCUAGAGGAGUUCUGUUUUAAAUUCUGUGUGAACCACUUGACUGAGGUCACGCAGACAGCUGCAUUCUGGCAGAUCGACGGCAACAUGCUGAAGGAGUUUAUCUCCAGAGCCGGCCACUGUGGAGCCUUCAAAAACUGACUCUGACAGCCACCUAGAUACACACACACGCUCAGUGUGUUAGUCAAGGAACCCAUCAGUCCUCCUCACAGCUAGUAGGCGCUGUUACACCAGACAGUCAUUAAAACACAGCGCCCCCUGUUGAGCAGGAGAGGAACUUUCAUAAUGGAUAAGAUUCAUGUAGAAGGGUCAAUGUCUGUGUUAGUCUCAACUACAACCAUUUCGUACUCAUCUGUUACCAAAGAUAUUCAGCCAGACGGGACAUUCCCAUUUAUGUUUUACACAACUUUUUGGAAAAGACAUUGCUUAGUGCUAAUGAUAAUUUGUAGUGCUGCAGAUGGGAAGGGUGUUUGCACACUAUAAUAAAAUGAGAGUGGGUUUGGGCUAAACAGAGGCAUAAUUUAAUUGUAUUACUUAAACAUGCACCACUAAAAAGCUGACAAA